CAAAAGAUGAAAAUUAAAAAGGAUAAUGGAGUUCUGUCAUCAAAAGUGGCAGACAUUUCUACUUUCACGCUGGCUGAGAGGAAUCCUAGAAUGAAAAACAUUAGCCCUGGAAAUAUAUCUUUGGAUGACUUUAAGCCAAACAAGAAUUUCAUUUCGUUAGGGAAAUUGUUAGUCAAGGAUAAAAACAAUUGUGAAACUAUUUAUAAAUCUGAAAGUGAUACAGUAACUUGUAACAGCAAUGGAGUUGGAAAAGAAAAGAAAAAAGAAGCAAUGUUGAAAGAUGUCAUUCCAAGUUUUCAAACACAUUCAGCAUCAACAUCAAUGGCAGCGGUUCAGUCAAAGGAAAGGUCAAACAAGAAAGCAAAGAAAUCUGAGAGCUUCAUGACAAGUGGUAGUGAAAGAAGUUCCUUUCUUCCUGAACUUAAUGUAGAAUUAGAAGCUUCUAAACAGAAUGAGAAAGACUGUGAGGUUAUUGCCGAGACACAGAUUGAACAGCCUUCAGCUACAUUGGAGAGGGAAACAAUAGCUUACAGAUCAUUGAAUAAACAAAACCAAGAAAUAAAUAAACAAGUAACACUGUCAAAACUUGACACUGUUACACAGAUGAAGC